UUUUGAUGGACAGAGCAUGCGUACCAUAUCCGAAGUUGAUAAAUUGAAAUUGAACAUGCGUGAUUGACCUUUCUGAAUUAAAAAAAAAAAAAAAAAAGCUAAAUUCUUCAGGUAAAAACAUGCGCAUUCGUUCUCUGUGGCUUUUUAGGGGCUGAAAGUGAGCAUGCGCAUUGUAAGAAGGUUGAUCCUCUGAAGUUCGAAUUCGGCGGAAACCGCGGGACAGAGGGCUACAGGUUGCUCACUUUUUGAAGGAACAGGCCUACUGCGUGGCUCAGCAUGUCAAUAGUAACAGUGCAGCUUGGUCAGUGUGGCAACCAGAUUGGCUUUGAAGUGUUCGAUGCUUUAUUUACUGACUCACAGUGUUCCCAGGGAUUGUGCUCUAAGAGAGAGAAUGGAGCAUAUCAAGCAUCUUGCAGAGAAAGAUUCUUCAGGGAGGAAAAUGGAGUUCCAAUUGCCCGGGCUGUGCUUGUUGACAUGGAACCUAAAGUUAUCAAUCACAUGCUGUCAAAGGCUGCCCAGUCUGGCCAGUGGAAGUAUGGUCAGCAUGCAUACUUCUGUCAAAAACAGGGUUCUGGAAACAACUGGGCAUAUGGUUACUCUGUUCAUGGACCCAAGCAUAAGGAAUCUAUAAUGAACCUAAUCCAGAAGGAAGUGGAGAAAUGUGACUCUUUGAAUGGUUUCUUCAUCAUAAUGAGUAUGGCUGGGGGCACAGGAUCAGGGCUGGGAGCCUUCCUUACACAGCAGCUACAAGAUCACUAUUCAAAUGCUUUGAAAAUGAAUCAGAUUAUAUGGCCUUAUGGAACUGGUGAGGUUAUUGUUCAGAACUACAACUCCAUUUUGACGCUCUCUCACUUGUACCGAUCUUCAGAUGCGCUCCUUGUUCAUGAGAAUGAUGCUAUCCAUAAGAUCUGUGCAAAAUUGAUGAAUAUCAAGCAGAUCUCCUUUCGUGAUUUAAAUCAAGUCCUUGCACAUCAGCUGGGAAGUGUGUUCCAGCCUACUUAUUCUGGAGAAGGCUCGUGUCACUACAGGAGAAAUCCACUAGGAGACUUAAUGGAGAAUUUAGUUCCACAUCCUGAAUUCAAGAUGCUGGGUGUUCGUAACAUUCCUCAGAUGUCUGAGAAUUCACUGCCAUAUAGCGCCUUUACUUGGGCUGGCCUCCUGAAGCAUCUGAGACAGAUGCUCAUUUCUCAUGCAAAAAUGGAAGAAGGCAUUGAUUGGCAAGUGCAGCCUCCUUUACCAGGACUCCCACCUCUUGGCAAAAUGUCUCUCACCAGGGAGCAGCGUUUUAACACUUCCCUUGCUAACUUGGUCAUCUUGCGUGGGAGAGAUGUGCAGAGCGCGAACCUGGAGCCCAACACGCCUGCUUGGCUUCCAGCUGUCGAAUCACACAGGACUGAGCCAGCGUGGUGGGCACACCUGGAAAGCAGCACUCCCGCAGGCUGAGACAGAAAGAUCCUGGGAGCUGAAGACCAGUCCCCCCUCCCUCAGCAAUAUAAUGAAACUUUGUCUCAGAAAAAACACAAUAAAAGUGCCACAAAUGCAGCUCAGUGGCAGAGUGCUUUCCAGGCGCUGGGUUCCAUCCUUAGGGACAACAAAGAAGACAUCCAUAGGAACGCGCAGGGAGUCGCUCCCAGAGCCGAGUGGGCGGUUACAUCUCUGCCCUGUGGGCUGGGGCGGAGUCAUGGGCCUCACCGCCGGGGGCUGUGAGUGUAGUUAAAAGGUGGCAUCCCAGGGUGGGGUUCGGCUCCGGGGUCAUUUGCCUAGCACGUGGGAGGCCCUGAGUGUGAUCCCGACCACUGCAGAGCAACCAGGGUGUCCUGUUACUAAAAGGGUGAACGGGUUGCUAAACAAGAGUGGUCUCUGUGACACGCACGGGAAGGUGGAAGAGCAAUAUUCUUUUUUUUGAGACAGGGCCUUGCUGUUCAGGCUGACUUUGAACUCACAGUUAUCUUCCUGCCUCAGCCUCACUACUUACUCCUGGCAGAGCUGUAUUCCUUCUUUUUUUUGGUUAUUUUGAGACAGGGUCUCACUAUGUAGUUGAGACUGACCUGGAA